CUUGUAUAUCAAUCGGACAGAAGAGGGAAGGCUUAUGAUGGACGACGAUGAUGAUGAGCAGCCAAAGAAGAAAGUCCGCAUGGGAAUGCCUGCUACACAGUGGAUUAGUGUGUACAAUGCUCGAAGACCAAUGAAGCAAAGAUAUCAUUACAAUGUUGCAGAUUUAAGAUUGGACCAGCAUAUUGAGAAAGGAAAUGAAGAUGGACUUUACAUUAGCAGUGUGGCCUCUUGUUCAAAUCUAUGGGCCUUGAUUAUGGAUGCAGGGACUGGUUUUAGUGAUCAAGUCUAUGAACUUUCACCUCAUUUCCUUCAUAAGGAGUGGAUCAUGGAACAAUGGGAGAAAAAUUACUACAUAAGUGCCAUAGCAGGGGCUAAUAAUGGGAGCUCAUUAAUAGUCAUGUCUAAGGGUACCCCGUAUCUGCAGCAGUCAUAUAAAGUUAGUGAGUCAUUUCCAUUCAAGUGGAUCAACAAGAAAUGGAGAGAGAAGGUUUUUACGUUACUGCCAUGGCUACAGCUGGAACUAGAUGGGCAAUUGUUAUGUCUCGUGGGGCAGGUUUUCUGA